GGUAUUUUAAUCUAAGUGAAAAGAAGGAAGUAUUCUCCGCGUUCUCAUCACCCAAUGAUAUGGAGACAGAUAGGACAGGCUCAUCAUGGAUCUCAUCCCUCCAGUGGCUUCAAUUCUCUCCGAACUCAUGAAAAAGAGACAACUCAGUUCCGAGGAAAAGAGACGCACUUUUGGGUUUGAGUCCCUCUUCAUAAAAUACACAAACCUUUUCAACGGGAUGUUGAAGCAUCCCCGAAUCUUUUGAGCCAGCUCGAGAGCUUCCAAGGCCGUCUUCUCUCUCUCUCUCUCUCUCUCUUCUUCCCUGUAGUUAAUUUUUUCUUCUUUCUCUAGCCUAUAAAAGGGUCUCUUGCUUUGCUAAAUAACCAUGCACUCCACUAGAUUUCUUACGAAGAAACAUACUAAUAUAUCAAGACCAAUUUAAUCGAGUUCAUUGGUUUUUGAGCUUUCUUCAUCGUAUCAUGUCGAGGCUAAUAGAACCACUGAGCGUGGGAGGAGUGGUGGGGGAUGUGGUGGACAUUUUCACACCCACGGUGAAGUUGAAUGUGAUUUAUAACUCCAACAAGAGAGUCUCUAAUGGCCACGAGCUCAUGCCUGCCGUUAUUGUAUCCAGGCCUCGUGCGGAAGUUGGUGGGGAUGACAUGAGGGAGGCUUACACUUUGAUAAUGACCGACCCGGAUGCUCCAAGCCCUAGUGAUCCUCGUUUAAGGGAACAUCUCCACUGGAUGGUCACAGACAUUCCCGGUACUACUGAUGCUUCUUUUGGGAGAGAGGUGGUGAGCUAUGAGACACCGAGGCCGGCGGUAGGGAUCCACCGGUACGUGUUCGUGCUGUUCAAGCAGAGAGGGAGGCAAACUGUGGCCGGAGCUCCGGCUUCGAGAGACUGUUUCAACACCCGAGCCUUCUCUCUCAACCAUGGCUUGGGCUUGCCUGUCGCCGCCGUCUACUUCAAUGCCCAGCGAGAGACCGCCGCUAGAAGAAGAUGAUCGAUCGACCCUCAUCACCACCCAUCAUCACGAAUUACAAUAAUCCCUCUCCUCAUUAUUAAUUCACUUCAGCUUAGCUGAUGAAAACUUUUUCCUUUCCUUUUUCUUGAGUUUUUCCUAUCCUAGGCCUCCAAAAGGCUAGGAGUUGUCAGCAUAUUAUGCGGGGAGACAUUUGAGAAUGUUGUGUCUUGUGUCUCCCAUUUCGAUUGGACCGCAGCAGUCCAGUAACUUGGUACUUGGUGUAGGCGACUGUCGUUGCUUGGUCCCAUGUCAUGUCUCUGUCUAUAGGACCAGAAAAAGAGGAAGAGAACACGAGAUGGGGGAUGCAUGUAGCAUCAGAGCUAAGCCCUACGGAUGGGAAUGCACGACUUUAUAUAAUAUAUGUCUUUUUUAUAUUUUAAUAUAAUGUGGCAUGCAACGAUCAGUGAUUGGAGUA